AGGGGACCCAGAGAGGCUGGGGCCUCAGGACUCCGAGUCUGCGCCCCAGCUCAGCAAAAGAUCCCCUCUCCCUGUGUCCAUAGAAUUGUAGAGUUGAAAGAGUCAUCUAGUCCAGCCCCCUGAAAUGCAGGAAUCCCAGCGAAAGAAUUCCUGGACGGAAUCCCGGACAGGAAGAGCUGUUCCACAGAGGAGCAGACUUCCUCGGAAGGCAGUGGACUCUCCUUCCUUGGAGGUUUUGAAAGCAGAGGUUGGAUUCUACGAUUCUGUGAUUCUAUUCUAUGUGAGCUGAGCUGGAAGCUGGAGACACAGAGAACUGCUUGCUCUGUGCUGAAUCCAAAGCUGUGGCUGAUGGAGACCUGUUGGUUGUUAAUGCUGUGAGCGCCUCCAUCCUAUGCUCAGCUUGUGGGGUGUAGGGAUUAGAGGGCUGGACCUUAGGAGACCAGGGUUUGAAUCCUCUCCAUUGGCCGUGAAGCUCGCUGGGUGACCUUCUGGGGCAGCCAGUGUUUGUUGUGGGGGAGGAAGGGAAAGGAGAAUGUUAACUGCUUUGAGACUCCUUAAAGGUAAAGGUAAAGGGACCCCUGAUCCUUAGGUCCAGUCGUGACCGACUCUGGGGCUGCGGCGCUUAUCUCGUUUUAUUGGCCGAGGGAGCCGGCGUACAGCUUCCGGGUCAUGUGGCCAGCAUGGCAAACCAGAGCAGUGCACGGAAAUGCCGUUUACCUUCCCGCCGGAGUGGUACCUAUUUAUCUACUUGCACUUUGACGUGCUUUCGAACUGCUAGGUUGGCAGGAGCAGGGACCGAGCAACGGGAGCUCACCCCGUCACGGAGAUUCGAACCACUGACCUUCUGAUCAGUAGUGAUAAAGCGGGAUAUCAAAUCCAAACUCCUCUUGUUCUUCUCUCAGCCUAACCUACCUCACAGGGUUAUUUUGAGGAUUGAUUGAGGAGUGGGGGAGAACCAUGCAUGCCACCUUGAGCUCCCUGAAGAGAAAGACGACGGGAUAUACAGUCAUACCUCGGGUUACAGAUGCUUCGGGUUGUGUGAUUUCGGGUUGUGCACGGCGCCGAAACCAGAAGUACCAGAAUUGGUUACUUCCGGGUUUCGGUGUUUGUGCAUGCGCAGAAGCGCCGAAUCGCGACCUGCACAUGUGCAGAAGCGGCGCUGCGGGUUCCGAACGUGCUUCCCGCACGGAUCACAUUCGCAACCCGAGCAUUGACUGUAAACACAAUAAAUGGGGGAAAUAAACAUAUAUGCAUCAAUAAAACCAUAUACCCUAUGUAGCUCCGUCGGUUUAGACCACAGUGCUGAUAACACCAAGGUGGCUGGUUCGAUCCCCGUAUGGGGCGGCUGCAUAUAAUAAUAAUAAUAAUAAUAAUAAUAAUAAUUUUUAUUUAUAUCCCACCCUCCCCAGCCGAAGCCGGGCUCAGAGCGGCUAACAACAACCUGCAUUGCAGGGGGCUGGACUACAUGAUCCUUCCAAUUCUAUGAUUCCAAGACCACACAGCACAGAGUUAAUCCGUGGAACUCCCUCCCACUGGAAGCAGUGAUGGCCACCGACUGGGACGCUUUUAAAAGAGGCCUGGGCAAAUUCAAGGAGGAGGAGGAGGAGGUUAGUGAUGGCUACUAGCCAGGAUCGUCUGCUCUGCUCAGGGUCCCUCCCAAUGCGACAAUUCUACGCCCGUUGACCAUUGUCCCAUGGGAGCCGACAGCCCCGCUCCCCUUGCAAUGCGGACUGCCCACACCUGGUGGGGGUCCCAUCUGGCAUCAGCGAGGGAAUUGAGCGAAGGGAUUUACACACCACCCUGAUUCUUUAAUCGGCAGGUGCCAAAGCCGGCUUGCCUCGCCCUCCCCACCUCAGGCCUGGAAUCCACUUAAAGGCUCUGCCUGAAAAUCCUCUCUCCUGACACUCAUCCUCCGUUCUGCCAAGGAAAGCCCCUGCCUCUGCCCCCCCCCGUACCUCCCACCUGGCGGCUUUGCUGCUACUGCAGAGAGAAUUGGUGAGUAACUCCCCCCAUUAAAAGACUCCGACUUGGGAAGGGGAGUUGGAAAAUAUUGAGUCAGACCAUUGAUCUAUUUAGUUCAGUAAUGUCUGCACUGGUUGGCAGCAGUGCCUCCCCAGGGCUUCAGGCACAGAGUCUCUUUCCCAGCCCUGCAUGGAAAUGUCAGGGACCAAGCCUUCUGCAUGCAGAGCAGGUGCAAAGUAGGAUUCUAGACCUCAUGUGCCGGAAGAAAGGGUUGAAACUGGAACAUGGGAAGUGGCAUUGUCUCAGCAGGUCGGUCUCGCCUGGCACUGACUGGCAGCAAUGGAUUGCCAGGGUUUCGGGCGGAGAAUUUCUUACUAGGGAUCGAACCUUCGAUCUUCUGCCCCUGAGCCAGAGUCCCUUCUGAAGCACUUCCCCCCCAUGACAAAGACUCUCCUGCUCAGAGAGGUGGAGGGGCAGGGGCGGGAAUCCCUGCAGGCAUAAGGCCCCGCAUCUCUUGCUUCAGAAACCCAGAGGAGCAGCCCCCAGAGACCUCCCUGCAAAGCCCCCCUCUGACUGCAGCAGACCCCACCCACAACCGAUGGCCAGAGGCCAAACCUACCUGCUCAGGUGUGGCUUGGGGGACCUGCCGUGUCUCUGGGGUUCAGGCUGCCGCCUUCCGGGUCUCCGACCUUCCCUCCUUGCCACCUCUGGGAUCUCUUUCUGCGCAGACGGGAAGAGGAUUAGUGUCUCUGCAACGGCCCCCAAACACAGGCUUGGCUCUAAAGCUGCAGAGACAGGCAGGGAGAUCUUGAAUGGACAGAGAUAAAAAUAAGUUGUCGGUGUCUGAGAGAGAGAGAGAACGAGGCUGCAUUACACAUCGUACGUUGAAAGUGCAUUAUUUCCCCACUGGGAACUGUAGUUUCUGCUGGGAACUGCAGUGCUGUGAGGGGUGAACUACAGUUCCCAAGAUUUUCUUGUGGGAAGUCAUUUUAUUUUUGUCUUGUUUUUUAAAUUCAUGUUGUGUAUGCAGCCAGAGUCCUCAGAACAACAGGCCAUUUUUAUGUUGGCAACAGCUACAGAAUAAGGCUGGGGAAAUAAUAAUCUAACUACAGAUACCUGAAGAGUUGUUUGCAUGGAGCAAAAUUGCUUCCUGUUGCUCCAGAGAGCAGGACCCGAACCAAGGGCUUCAAAUCACAAGAAAGGAGAUUCCCACUCAAGCUUAGGAAGAACGUCCUGACGGUGUGCGCUCUCCUUCAAUGGAGGCUUUUAAGCAGAGGCCAGAUGUCCACCUCUCAGAGAUCCUUUAGCCGUGAUUUCUGCCUUGCAGGGGGUCGGACUAAAUGACCCUUGGGGGUCCCUUCCAACCCUACAAUUUCAUGAUGGUGGGGCUGGGAAAGACCCCUCCCUGAACCCAGGACUUGCUGCUGAGGAGCGCAUACUCGCUGAGGCUGAUGGGAGUCGUAGAACUGAGUUGAGGAAUGCUGAUGACCUAACCACAAGUCAAACUCUCGUCCAAUCGUCGCUCCCCGCCAACUUCCCAAGCGCUCCCUCCCCUCCCCAACCCCACACCUGAAUCCCUUUCCAUUCCCCUUAACUGCUCCAUUAUUACUGGGGCGGGGGCGUGCAAUGUCAUGUACCUAAAGCCCGGAGCUUCGCCGAGGACGCGACCACCAUGCCUCGUCCUCUUUGUCUCACCAGGAGAAGAGGAGAGAGGGAAGGAAGGAGGAAGAUGCAGUUGCCAUGGCGACAGGCCCUCCUUUCAGGGGGAGGUGACUUCAUUCCGGCGGGGAAGGCGAGGCAUCGCCGGAGGGGAUGGGCUUGGCCGCCUCUCUGCCGGCAGACAGCUCUGCAUCCCACAUCAGGAGGACGAACAGCUCAGCUGCCCGGCAAGUGGACCGCUGCCAGCUUACUGCUGGUACCCAAGAACGCGCCCGACUCCUUCCUCCAGCCCUGCAUCUCUCCAUCUCUCUCCAUCACUUCUUCUGCCGCGCCCAGUCUCACCUUUGCCGCGCCUCGCUGUGCCAGCCUCCUGCCAGCCGGACCCCAGGCUCCCAAGCCCGCCCUGGGCACAUCCCCAGGUCCGGGGAUGCAGCUCUAAGGUGCCCCCAUUCGCUGACGCCCACCCCCACCCCCACCCCCGAUGGUGCUCCCUCUCCUCGUCUCCGCCUAUAGACUGUGCCACUUAGCCAUGUCCGACGCGGAGAGGCUGACGGUCUCCUGGUGGGGAGACAGCCCCCGGGCGCCCCAGGAGAGCUCGCCGGGGGCCAGCCCGGCCAUCCAAGCGGCCCUGAACAGGAUCCUGCCCGACCUGCACCAGGCCAUCUCGGCCAGCAAGCAGGCGGCCGGCCCCGAGGACCUCCGCAGCGGCCUGGCCGAGAUCCUGGCGCUGGUGGAGGAGGCCUGGCUGAUGCCCACCGUGGGCAGGGAGGUCGCCAAGGGCCUGUGCGACGCGAUUCGCCUGGAGGGGGGGCUGGACUUGCUGCUGUCCUUGCUCCAGACGGCCGACCACGAGACCAAGUGCCAGGCGGCCAAACUCCUGGAGCAGAUCCUGGUGGCGGAGAACAGGUGAGCCAGGCAGGGGAACCGGGGAGGGAGGAACGGGCCGAGGCGUCUGCAGGGGGCCAGAGCUGGCGAACCUUUCCUUCCAGAUCACGGGCCACAUUCCCUUCCUUGCAAGCUUCCAGGAGCCGCAUGCCAAGGUGGGCGGGUCCAGAGGCAAAAGGAGGCCAAGCAAUGAAUGCCAGGGGUGUUUUUUGUGGGGGGACGGGGGACGGACAAUGAGCUAGUGAUUCCUGCGUUGCAGAGGGAUGGACUUAGAUGAUGCUUAAGGGGAAGGCACAGUCCCUACCAGAGAAGAAUGGCAGAUUAAGCUGAUGCAGAAAUGGCAAAAGUGACCCAAAGAAUUAGGAAUCGGGAAGACCAAAAUUUCAAUCAGGAAUGGGGAAAAUGCAUAGUUUAUUCUAAAAAUCAUUGUCAACAAUUAAAAUUAUUAGUAGGACUGGAAUAAUGCUUGUAGUCAAAAGUUCAACUAUGGUUUUAUUGAAGAUUUAGUAGAAGUGGAUUAACAGAGAAGUUGCAGGAGAAAAAGUUAACAGAAGAACCCACGAAAGGGGAGGAGGGAAGUCAAAGGGACCUCAUUGGAGGCUGUUAAGCAGACGUUGGACAGCUGUCUGUCAGAGAUUAUUUAGCUGUGAUCCCUGGGGGGGGGGGGUCCCUCCCAGCUCUGCCUUUCUAUGUUUUUAUGAGACAGGAAAGGGGAAGGGGCAUGUUUCCUGCCAGCAAAUAAACUUCAGGGUGUGAAGCAAGGGCCAGACAGGUGUGUGGCCUAGGGAGAGGGAGUGUGGUUUUGGAUGGGGGGGUCGCAUUUGGCCCCUGGACCUCCGGUUCCCUGUCCUUGGCAAUGGGGCAACAUUUGUGUAGGGAAGAAGUGACACAUUCACUGAAAUUCCUCCUUCCUAUACUCCCUUUCCCACAGCCUUUCUUUCCCAAAGUGAUUUUCCCACCCACUUUUAAAAGGUUUGCUUUUUGAGUGUGCAGGAACCCGAAAAGGAGCCCACUCCUGUGGUUCUCUGGAUGAGUCCCUGUUCUGGGCAUGCACUUGCCUGAAGGUGGGCGAUCGCUGUGUCCCUGCCUCCAGAGAGAUCCCCACCACCACCCACACCUCUCAAUGGCAGAGGGACAGCGGAGGCGGACUGAGAAGAAAGGCAGGGCAGGUUUUUGUGCAGAGACAUAACAGUGGUUUUAUAGUGGGGGCUCCCAGGGGCCUUCCCGCUCCUGUGAGGGCUGUCGGUGGCACUACAAAUGAAGGCUUGCCAAGAGAGGCACCCAUGCCUUCUGCCAAUGGUGCACUUAGGCCAUGCAUAGUUAAACUAUGGGACUCAGGAGGACUGGACAAAUCCACAGAGAAGGAGAGGAUUACCAGUGGCUCCUGGCCACAGUGGCUCAGCUCUGCCUCCACAGUCAGAGGCAGCAGUGCUUCUGAAUCCCAGUUGCUGAAAACUGUAGGAGGGGAGAAAGGGCUCUUGUGUCCGGAUCCUGCCUGCCAGUUCCCCUUUUUGAAAUCUGUUUGGCCACUGUGAGAACAGGAUGCUGGACUGGAUGGGCCAUUGGCAGGCUCUUUCUCAGGUUCUUAGGGAACCUGCCCUUGAUGGUCUUUCAGGGGUGGCAACAUGUAACGUGGGCACAUUCAGUGCUUUGCUUUCCAUGAAAUGGGCCAAGCCAGGGCUGUUGCAAAUCCUGCUCAUGUUGUUGAAUGAGACCCCGGAUUUUGACCCUGUUUUGCCCAAUGCAAAAUGGUUCUUUUAAAAUUUAGAUUCAGAAGCAAUACAAGCGCAAUUGGGUGAGAAGAUUAAAGAUUUUAUUCCAAACAGCAAGCAAAAAUAUAUAUUACCAAGCAAGCACUUCAAUCAGCCAUUGAGGAGCCCAGAAAUGGCGAAGUGACUCCCAGGUAGCCGUCUUUUGCACAGCACUCUGGCCACGAGUUUGUGCUGAACUCCUACUUGGCAUGCUCCAAAACUAGAUAUUUUAUAGACCUGUGUCCUAUUGGACUAACACCGUCUCAACCAGAGCUACUCUACAUCAAAGGCUUUGCUAGACCAGUUUCAUCAACACAACAAGGGCCUUUUCACAAAGGAUAUUGAAAGCAAUAAAACACAGUAACCAGAGGCAGGAAGGAAUAACCAGAGUUGGAAGAGCUGACCAUGCCAGAUCACUAUCUCCUCGAAUUAUAAUAAUCUUCUGCGAUAAUUAUCCCAUACACCCCCCAAGUCCUGGCCUGACCGCGCUGCUGACUCCUGCCCGCCCCCAAUUCUGGAGUCAUAUCAGCAGCCAUAUCUGCCCUGUGUCAUACCAGGAUGACAAACUAUUCGUUGUUGAUGUUCAUUCAACUUGUUGUUGUUGUUGAGUCCUUUAGUCGUGUCCGCCUCUUCGUGACCCCCUGGACCAGAGCAUGCCAGGCACUCCUGUCUUCCACUGCCUCCCGCAGUUUGGUCAAACUCAUGCUGGUAGCUUUGAGAACACUGUCCCACCAUCCCGUCCUCUGUCGUCCCCUUCUCCUUGUGCCCUCCAUCUUUCCCAACAUCAGGGUCUUUUCCAGGGAGUCUUCUCUUCUCAUGAGGCGGCCAAAGUAUUGGAGCCUCAGCUUCAGGAUCUGUCCUUCCAGUGAGCACUCAGGGCUGAUUUCCUUCAGAAUGGAGAGGUUUGAUCUUCUUGUUUCGUGGGACUCUCCAGAGUCUCCUCCAGCACCAGAAUUCAAAAGCUUCCAUUCUUUGGCAAUCAGCCUUCUUUAUGGUCCAGCUCUCACUUCCAUACAUCACUACUAGGAAAACCAUAGCUAUAACUAUAUGGACCUUUGUUGGCAAGGUGAUGUCUCUGUUUUUUAAGAUGCUGUCUAGGUUUGUCAUUGCUUUCCUCCCAAGAAGCAGGCGUCUUUUAAUUUUGUGACUGCUGUUUCAUUCAACUAGCUAGGAGAAAAAGCCAUCAUAGCAGCUGCAGGUGUCUCUAGGCAGGGCUAGAGAAUAAGACCCCCUUGCCUGGACUCCUGGGGAGCCGCUGCUGCCAGUCUGUGUGGGCAAUACUGAGCUAGGUGGACCACUGGUCUGCACCAUAUAAGGAGGCUUUGUAUGUUCCUAUUUAAAGCACUGUUUAUUUAAAUUCGGAGCCAUGAGGACUAGCAUCUUGCUUUAUUCCUAGGGAGAAGAAGCUGCUUUGGUAGAACAGACCUUUGGAGGCAGAAGGUCCCAGGUUCAACCCUGGAGGGAUUAAAUGAGGAUUUGGACCUGGGAGAGACCAGGGUUCAAAUCCCUACUCAGCCACCAUGAAGCUCACUGGGUGUGACCUUGAAACCCAGUUGCUACCUCUCAGCCUAAACUCAAUUACAGGGAUGUUGUGGGGAUUAAAGGAGGACUGCGACCUGGGAGAUCUGGGUUCAAAUCCCCACUUGGCUAUGAUGCUCAUUAUAAAUGAAAUACAAAAUCAAAGUUUGCCAGGAUCUGCUUGAGAACAAAACAACCUCGGAACCUGCCCUGGGGCACAAUGUCCUUUCUGGAGCCCCACAGGAAGGGCCGAGGCAGCCUCUCCCCUCUGCCAGGUGGGCUUUUAAGGGCCCACCGGGGCAGCUAAUUGGGAAAAUGCAUUAGCCGAGACCCAGAAAGACUUUGGAUCCAUCGGAUGAGCUUCCUGGCAGGAGGGAGCGGCUCUUGGCCUUUGCAUCUCUCUGGAUAAACCACACACCUCUCCCCUUCCUACCGCCAGCCUGCCUCGCCAGGGUGGGGAUCCAAGGCAGGGCAGGGGGUAGGCGGAAGCCGCCUUGUUCUGUUCCAUGUGGCCAGGACAAGCUGUCCUGCUGCUGCUGCUGCGUGCUGAUUGCUCGUCACCACUCUGGAGGAUGAAUCAGCUGGCCGCUGUGCCAAGAUGAGGUGGUCUCCAGGGGCAGAGGGGCCCUGCCAGUGUGCCCCCCGAUGGGAGCAGGGCAGAGAAGGAGGGAGCUGGAAGCCACAGGAGGGGAGAGUUGCUCUCCUGCUCAAGUCCUGCUUGCGGGCAUCCCAUAAUAGGCAUCUGGCCGGCCACUGUGUGAGAGAACAGGAUGCCGGACUAGUUGGACCACUGGCUAGAUUAACAGAGGCAAUCAGAGAUCACACUAGACAAGAAUUUCAAAAAGCAUGGGGGAAAUGCAGAGAAUACUUUGCAAAACGGUGCCCUAAAAUACAUACUUGGACUUGUUUUGAUUAAUGUCUGCAGGAGACUUUGUGGAUAUUUAAGUUAUAAUUAGAAAAAUCUUAAUAAUUAUUCAUAAAGGAAACAGUUUAUAAGAAGUAAAUAAGGAGGCCAGGUACAGGAUAAAGGAAGUCUUUUAUUUGGUUCUUUGUAUUGUUGUAUGUUAUGCUUAUUGUAUGUUAUGUUCAUACAAUAUGUUAUGUUAAUGAGGGUGGAAUUCUGUAUUGGGGUGGGGGUUUAUGUUAUAUUGUAAAUAAAAUUUCCAAUAAAAAAUUUAAAAAUUAAAAAUAAAUAAAUAGAUGGGCCGCUGGCCUGAUCCAGCCGGCUCUUCUCAUGUGUGUUUAGCCUGGAGAAGAGAAGACCGAGAAGUGAUACAAGAGCCAUCUUCAGAUAUCUCAAAGGGAAGAGGGAACAAGCUUCUUUUCUGUUGCUCCAGGACAUGAACCAAUGGCUUCAAGUUACAAAAAAAAGGAGAUUCCAGCUAAAGAUUAGGAAGAACUUUCUGAGUGUCAAAGCUGCUGGACAGUGGAACAAACUCUUUGGAAAGUGUCUCCUUCCUUGGAGGUUUUUAAAACUAUCUAUCCUCUGCUUAAAAAACUGAUAAUAAUAAUAAUAAUAAUAAUAAUAAUAAUAAUAAUAAUAAUUUAUUUAUACCCCGCCCAUCUGGCUGAGUUUCCCCACCUCCCAAGGAAGGUCAAAUGGCUCUUGCCCUCAGAGGUGUCUUUCUAAGGUUUAUUUGGGAUUUUCUUCCUUGACACUUGAAUCCCUUGGUUCUCUGGAGCAGCACAGAACCAGCUUGCUGCAUCUUCCACGGCACAGCGAUUCAGGUACCUGAAGAUGCAGAAUUUGGCAGGGCCAAGAACAUAAGAAGAGGAGCCUGCUGGCCAAUGGCCGGUCUAGUCCAGUCUCCUGCUCUCACAGGAGACUUCUGCAUCAGCUUAGGAGUCAAGCGAUAAAAGGAGGAUGACGAAACUGGGAUGAGAUCGAUCUGGCACCACUUCCUGCUGGGCUGCCUGCCUUCUGCCCCAACAGUCCUCUGUUGCCACCCCAUUGCCCCACACUAAUGGCCGUCCUUCAGAGAUCCUGCAGCUCUCUGGAUUCCCUGUACUGAACGAGGACCACGUGACCUCUAAGUCCCUCUCUAGCUCUUACGGUGACACUUCUAUUAUCUUAUAAUUUAUCUGGGGGUGGCAGGUCCAGGCUCUCCACUUCCUUGAGAUAGGCCCAUCUGGCUGGGCCAGGCAGGUCCUGAGUGCAGGGCCCAGCCUCCUGCAGAGAUGGCGUGGGAACCCUGCCAGGGCUGGCAGAUGCAGCGGCUGCCAGAUUUCGACGGAGGCCGACGUCAGUCGCUCACGGAGGGAGCACAAGUUUUCCCAGAACGGGGCGCUUCGCUCACUUCCUGGAACAAGCCAGCCUGGCAGAAUCUGAUGGGUGAGGGGGGUGCUGUUUAGCCUUGCAAUGCAAAAGCCACCCCCCGCUGGCAUUGAUGCUCCCCAUCCCGCCCCAGCUAUGGGUCCAAGCCCCGGCUGGAGCAAAGUCCCUCCUUCCUUCCUCCACCCCCAUAGAUGCUGUCUUCUGUAUGGCAGCCACACACACACAGUUAACAUAGAAUAUUCUGCAGAGCCAGUGGUGUCAGCCCUGGAGUCUGAACAUUUCUGCAUUGCAGAGGGUUGGAAUAGAUGCCCCUUGCGAUGCCCUCCAGCUCUGCAGUUCCACAAUUCUGUGCUACCUGCCUUCCAGUCCAGCUGAUUUGUGAUUGUUCCACCCACUCAGGCGACGUGGGGUGUAACAAGGAAGGUACCUCUGAGUACUUUUUGAGUGCAUUGAGUGCAUAAGUCCUUUUUGCAUUUUCCAGCAACUGGUAUUCAGAAACAUCAGUGCCUCUGACUGUGAAGGCAGAGGAUGGCUAGGAGCCAUUGAUACUUCUCUCCUCCUUCCUGAAUUUGUCUAAUCCUCCUUGGCGCAGUGGGUUAAACCACAGAGCCUAGGACUUGCUGAUCAGAAGGUCGGCGGUUCGAAUCUUCAUGACGGGGUGAGCUCCCGUUGCUCGGUCCCAGCUCCUGCCCACCUAGCAGUUUGAAAGCACGUCGAAGUGCAAGUAGAUAAAUAGGUACCGCUCCGGCGGGAAGGUAAACGGCGUUUCCGUGCACUGCUCUGGUUCGCCAGAAGCUGCUUAGUCAUUCUGGCCACGUGACCUGGAAGCUGCACGCCGGCUCCCUCGGCCAGUAAAGUGAGAUGAGCGCCGCAACCCCAGAGUCGCCCACGACUGGACCUGAUGGUUAGGGGUCCCUUUACCUUUACCUUUUUAAGUUAGUGGCCAUCCCUGCUUCCUGUGGCAGGGAGUUCCGCUGUUUAACUCUGGGCCAUGUAAUGAAGGGCCUUCUUUCCACUGCGUCCUCCCCCCCCCCAGGCUGCUUCCCUGACCCUGUUCUGCCUCCCUGCUCUCUGCCCCUAGGGACCGCGUGGCUCGCAUCGGCCUGGGCGUGAUCCUGAACCUGUCGAAGGACCGUGAGAGCCUCCCUCUGGCGCGCAGCACCUCGGGGAUCCUGGAGCACAUGCUCAAGCACUCCGAGGACACCUGCUCACAGCUGAUCUCCGACGGCGGCCUGGACGCGCUCCUCUACUGGUGCCGCUGGAGCGACCCCGUGGUCCUGCACCACUGCGCUGCCGCCCUGGCCAACGCGGCCAUGCAUGGCGGGCCGGCCAACCAGCGGCUGAUGGUGGAGAAGAAGGCGGCCGAGUGGCUCUUCCCGCUGGCCUUCUCCAAGGACGGCUUCCUGGUGCAGUUCCACGCCUGCCUGGCCGUGGCCGUCCUGGCCACCAACAAGGAGGUGGAGAAGGAGGUGGAGCACUCGGGGACCCUGGCGCUGGUGGAGCCCUUCGUGGCCACGCUGGACCCCGGGCACUUCACCCACAGCUUGCUGGGCAGCAGCGACAACAGCCAGGGCAGGACGGCAGAGGACCUGCAGCGCCUGGUGCCCCUCCUGGACAGCUCCCGACCAGAGGCCCAGUGCCUGGCUGCCUUCUACCUGUGCGCAGAGGCUGCCAUUAAGGCUCAGCAGAAGAAGAUGCAGGUAGAUUAUUUGCAUGCAGAGCCAUGAGGACUAGCACCUUACCUCCUCUCUUAGUUCAGCAGCAGAGCCCCUGCUCUGCAUGCAGAAGGUCCUGGGUCCAAUCCCUGACUAGAAUCUGGGUUCAAACCCCCAUUCCGCCAUGAAGCUCACUGGCAAGCUGGUUGCUCCCUCGCCAAAUGGGGAGGAACAGGAAGCCUAGAGGACAGGAAGCGGCACCAAUGCACAAAGUGAAUAAAUGCUUUGCUCUGCUCAGAUUUUCACAGAGAUCGGGGCCAUCCAGAGCUUGAAGAGGAUCGUCUGCUACUCCCCGGACGGCACCACCUCCUCGCUUGCCAAGAGGGCGCUCUGCACGAUGGGCGAGGAGGUGCCCCGGCGCCUGCUGCCCACGGUGCCCAACUGGAAACCCCUGGAGGUGCAGAAGUGGCUCCAGCAGAUCGGCUUUGUCAAAUACUGCCCCAAUUUCCUGGUAGGGCUUGCAAGGGGGCAGUGGUUGUGCGGGGAGUGGGGAUCAGGGCUCCUGGAGAGAGGAGAGGGCCCCUGAGGAGACUGCAGGUGUCUGUUGGGGGUUCACAGCUCACUCCCCACGCAGGCCUCCCCCAAAAGCUGCCUCCCUAGCCCACCCCUGGCUCUUGCAGAUGCCUCAUAAGAGCACAGAGCUCUUACUCACUUUUUCUACCAAACACCACAACCUUUUUUCAUAGCAGAGUCCCUCCAUCGUCUGGAUCAUGUUGCUUUCUCUCCCCUUGCUCUUUGGAUGUGAAACUGACCCCAUCCUUCCUCUCUCCCCAGGAACACCAGGUGGAUGGCGACCUGCUGCUGAGGAUGACGGAGGAGGAUUUGCGGGUGGACCUCAAGAUGACCUCCAGCAUCACACGCAAGCGGUAAGGAGCGGGGUUGAGCUGGAUGAUCUCUGAGGGAACCCACCAGAUCAAAAACGGCAGCUGUGCUAUUGCUCCCUGAGUACAGCAGUUUGUACUCAUGUUUGCCAUUCCAACUUUUUUUAAAAGCCCACACCACGUUUGCAGGAAAUUCAGCUAUGCAAAAGGGUUUUGAGCACCUUGAGGGCCGGCCAGUUCCUCCUCCAAAAGUGGCUGCCUCUGCUCCAACCUGGCAGGAGGUGUCGUCCCCCCCCACCAGCCCUACUGAGCUGCCCCCUCCUUCCCCCAGGUUUUUCCGGGAGCUGACGGAGCUCAAGACCUACGCCAACUAUUCCACAUGCGACCGCAGCAACCUGGCCGACUGGCUGGGCUCCGUGGACCCCAAAUUCCGCCAGUACACCUACAACCUGGUCACCAGCGGCAUCGACCGCAACUUCCUCCACCGCGUGACGGAGCAGCAGCUGCAAGAGGACUGCCAAGUCCACAUGGGCUUCCACCGCGUCCGCAUCCUCUCGGCCGCCCGAGGUAACCUCUCCCCUUGCUCUGCAGACCCCCCAGCCCCCGGGAAGGACAUCCUGAGGGUCAGAGCCAUUUGGCAGUGGAACGGCCUCGCUCGCCAGGCGGCGGACUCUUCUUCACUGGAGAUCUUAAAACGGGGUUGGGCUGGAUGACCCUGGGUGCCCCUUCCAAGUGUACAGUAUGAUUCCAUGAAACAAUUUGCUGUUGGAAGGGAGGGAACAAAUGGAUCUAAGGUGGGGAACAGUGGCGGAGGAACCCUCUCCGGCACCCGGGGCGGUGCAGCCCAUAUGGCCACCCACCCCCUUUCUGUCUCCUCCCAGAGAUGCUGCAUUCGCCUCUGCCCUGCAGCAGCGGAAAGUCCACCUUGGAGGGGACGGACGUCUUCAUCAGCUACCGGAGAGCCACUGGGGCGCAGCUGGCCAGGUGGGCAGGGGAACGCAGCGCGGACCAUUCACACAUGCGGGCGUGUCAAAGAGAAAAGCCUUCCUUUCUCCUUCUGUAAAGAGCCAACUGUGUGAUGCAGCAGCAGAAAAGGUUAAUGCGAUUCUUGGCUGCAUCAACAGAAGUCCCGUGUCCAGAUCAAGGGAAAUAGGAGGACCGCUCUAUCCUGGCUUGGACAGAUCACGCCUGGAAUACUAUUAGGAAUAACAUUCUGGCAAUAAGAGCUAUUUGAUAGCGGAACAGACACCCUCAGAAGGUGGUGGACCUUCAUUGGAGGUUUUUAAAGAGAGCUUGGGUGGCCAUCUGAAGCGGGUUGGGCUGGAUGAUCCUUGGGGGUCCCUUCUGUCUCUAUGAUUCUAUCAAUUGCUUCUAAUCUCUCAACCUCUCUGUGCAAGGAAACAGGGGUUGGCCCACGGCGGCUCUCCCCAACCCAAUGUCAUCCAGAGGGUGUUGGACUCCAACUCCCAGCAACCCAGGUUGGCCGAUGUUCAGGGAUGAUGGGAGUUGUAGUCCACGUGACCUCUGAAAGGUUGAUCCAAAAAGGCUGCUCUGUGGUUAAGGUGGUCAGCAGGAUCUCUGACAAGCUGGGCUCAGAGCAAGGCUUGCAGCCUUGAUUGGCCAGAAACAUGUAAGGGCACCAUGGGACGGUGUAGAAUUAACCUGUGGAACUCACUGCAACUGCACUUUGCGCUACCGUUAGCAGCAAUAGUAGAUUUUUACGAGUUGCAUUUCUACAGGAGACCUGCAUUCUCUAGAGGGGACUGAAUGAUAAUAAAACACACCCAUUAAGACUUAAAAAGGAGACCGUGAAAUGGAUAUAAUUAUCCUUAGCACUGAUAUUGUAACACUUUGGAGGCGUUCAGAGCGCUCGCUUAUUAAUUAUGCAUUUAUUAUUCUGCUUUCUGAACAAUUGUAGUCUCCCAAAAUGGCUCACGUUAAUUAAAGAAGGGGAAGUGGGAGUGAGCGGAGGGCUGAGAAACCACAAGCACACACAAGGGGAGGGGGAGACGAGGGCCCACGUACAUAAUUUCCUUUACAACAGCCCUGUAAGGUAGGCCAGCAGCAGCUGUGGGAGGGUGCAGUUUGGACUGAGGUUGCAGCCGGAGGGGAAAGGGUGUUCUCUAACCCCUUCCCUUUAUGCCAUCGCCCCAAAUCUCUCCGGAGACGCAGUCGGAGAGAACCCAAUUAUGGGUGCCUGGGUCAAACCACCCCUUCCUUUCACACGUACCCUGCCCUGUUUGCGCCUCUCCAGCCUCCUGAAGGUCCACCUGCAGCUGCACGGAUUCAGCGUCUUCAUCGACGUGGAGAAGCUGGAGGCCGGGAAGUUCGAGGACAAGCUGAUUCAGAGCGUGAUGAGCGCCCGGAACUUCGUGAUGCUGCUUUCGCACAACGCCCUCGACAAGUGCGUGGGGGACACCGAAUGCAAAGAUUGGGUGCACAAGGUGAGAGGGCUUCCCCCUGCCAAGGAUCGUAGUGUCUCUGUGUUUGGGGGGGAUGGGGAUGAAACUCAGAGAAUCCUAGAAGAGUUGGGUGGGACCCCCCAAAGGACAUCUAGCCCAACCCCCUGCAAUGCAGGAGACGCAGCCCAGUUCAUGACAAAGGGCUUCUCCUUGAGCUGAGCUGCCAGCCAUCUGUCUCAGGAGACAACGGAGGAGUGUGCCUUGGGGAGGUGAAGUCAAAACGUUGGAGAGUCGCAGCGCCUGCUGUGGCUGCGGAGGCUGAUACAGGAGAGACAUGUUUUGUUGCAGCUGGGGCAGAGGAAGGCAUCUGCUUGUUCUGCUGCAGAUGCACCAUGGCGUUUCUUCUCUCUGUGCUCCUCUAAGUGGUCAUUGCUCCUCUGGUCACUGCUGUGGAUGCAUGACCAGUCUGCCUGUCUCCAGGCACUGCGGUCAUCUGCAAGGGAUUUCCGCAGGGCAGGGAUCUCCUUGGGGAUCCUGCCAUCUUCCAUCCUGUGGACAUGACCAAACCAGCAUAGAUGUCACCAAGACAGGAGUGCAAACAGGCCGGGAACAUUUGCUCACUGAGAGGGCACAUCUUUUGGGGAGACUUUGUCCUGCCACGUGAUGCCCAAAAUCUUCCUGAUAUAAUGUACGUGGAAGCCAGCAGGACAAGAGGAAGGGAAAUCAUAUUGAACAAACUCACCCCUCCCUAAGCAAGAUUUUCUUCUCUCUUUUUAAAUGUAUAUCCUUCACAGGAAAUUGUCACAGCCCUGAGUAGCGGGAAGAACAUUGUCCCGAUCACAGACCACUUCGAAUGGCCGGAUCCAAAGACCCUUCCUGAGGACAUGAGAGCCAUCCUGAAGUUCAACGGGAUCAAGUGAGUGGGAUCAAGGAGUGUCCCUGGGGAUAAGGCGGGUGGGCGGGGGGGGGCAAUUUCUGGAAGCUGGUGCAACACAGCCAGCUGCUUGUGUGUGUGGGGGGGUGAAUCUGGGGAAACGCGGAGAGACGAGGCUGAAUCUGAAAGGGUUUGAAACCAAUUUAAUGCUAAUAGUUUCAGGUGCAAAGGACGCUUUGAAGCACCAGGCUUGAAGUUGCACCCUUUCCCCUGCCCCUUUCCAAACUGGUGCUCCAGUUCACGCAGGAAAAAAAUUGGGAGCCCUACACAAGAGCUGUAGAUUCCCCAUGGCCCCUUCCACCCCACGGCUUGGGUCAGCUCAGGGGUCCUCAAACUUUUUCCGCGGCAAGGUUUACUGGACAUGGGCCAAAUUAUUCCCACGGAGAUCGUCCGUGGGCUGGACUGGCACAGUGCAAUGCUGGAAAUCUCGUCUGCGCAUGUCUGCGGUGCCGGAAAUCGCUUCUGCACAUGCCCAGACACCGAAAACUGCGCAGAAGCAAUUUCCAGCGUCUGGACAUGAGCAGACGCAAUUUCCGGUAUCUGCGCAUGUGCAGACGCGAUUUCUGCCGCUGCUCUGUGAGUGCCCGCACCAUGCUGCGCUGGUUUAGUGCUGCGCGGAGGAGGGACUCGCCGAGUGUGUGGCUCGGUUCGAGGGCUGCUCAUGGGCCAGUAAAACGGUCUUCGUGGGCUGCAUCCGCUGCAUGGGCCGCACCUUGCCGACCCCUGCCUCAGACCUUGUUGGGGGCCGGACUAUAUUGUUUGGGGGAAAUGAAUGAGGGACGAUGAGCGGCGUGCGAAAGGGCUCCAGAGAGGGGCUGCUUAAAAUGGCGGCCGCUCGAGCACUGCUGCUGGCACCAACCAAGCCCAGCCCCCUGCCUCCUCUAGGCAGGGCAGGAAAAAGCCAGGAGGAGGGAGGGAGGAGGCGAAAGAACACGCACUGGCAAUCCAUGCAGCGAUUCCUGGACCAUCCGCAGGCCAGAUUUAGAAGGCUAUUGGGCCUGAUCCGGCCCGCGGACCUGUUUGCCAACCUGUGAUUCAGCUGUUUCAUUUCCACUUCCCCUGCAGAUGGUCCCACGAAUACCAAGACGCCACCAUUGAGAAGAUCAUCCGCUUCCUGCAAGGGCGCUCCUCCCGGGAUUCCUCCGCUGGCUCGGAAAACAGCCUGGAGUGUGGGCCCCCUCAAAACUAGGGAACUGGAAGGUGCUCCCCCCAACGGAGCAGAGGAAGGGGGUGGUGGGUCGGAGUGGGAAGAAGAGGGUGACCCUUUGCUUCUGUCCCCAAGUCUGCACUGCCCUAGAGAUGGGCCUCACCCCCUGCCCCCCCCAGCUUUUGCAGGCUCAGCCACCGCUGAGUCGGUGCCCCUGCUGGCUGCCUUUGGGAUAUGCCGAUUAGGUUAUGCAAAACUCCGGAAGAAAAUGCUGCUUGCUGCCUGCCCUGCAAGGACAGUUGGAGCAGCAAACUUCCUCCCUCCCUAGUGGCCUUUCACCAGAGGCUCUUAACUCUUUGUGUGCCUGGGUAAGAUUUUUGGUUUCUCAACCAAUUAGGUUAUAACUUCGCUGUUGGGAAGGUGGGCUUUGUAGUGUUUAUCUUGUAUUAAAGUAUUUAUCAGAUUCUAGGCUCCAG